AUGCCUAUAUCCACUGCCAAGCACACCACACAAGCGACAUUUAAAGCUUCCUCUUCCGCCUCCAUCUCUCCUCAUCCACGCUCCUUCACUGGCAGUACCAAGAAUACAGUGACGGAAUCUACAUGUAUAAACUGCAAUGUCCAGCUCAUCGCCCAAAAUUCAGGACCAAAAGAAGCUACGAAUGUUAACAUGUUUGUGGGGAUGUGUCGCAUUCUAAAACCGUCAACAAAACACCGUAUGAUCGAGACUGGGUUGCAGAGACCAUGGUUCCUAAACAUCACACAUCCUGCUCACCCCGGCUACCUGACGUUUGCUCUUCUCUUUUCAAAAAAUGGCCUUUACAACGCCACGUCGAGCAACGGUCCGUCACCACGGUACAACAAUUGCAAGCACAUCAUCUAUGCGCAAUAUCGGAUUACGACACCUCAAACUCCACCACAACUUCACCACAACAACUUCGACCAGAGAAGAAAUACAAUGAUCAAAUCAUAGGGGUAUUUCAAUGAUGCACCACUGGUGUCUGGUGUCUAACAAGCUAUAUACCAUACUCACUACUACCCUUUUGCCCAAUCAAUACACAUUAAUCCCUAAUGUAAACAAAGACGACCUUU